UGCUAUAAAUAAAUGCAACCGAACUAUGCUAAGAGUUGCAGUGCAGCAUACAAUCCAUAACAUUUUCUAACCCCAAAAAAACCCAUACCAAUCUUUUCCUCUCUCUCAACUUCUUCUUCUCUAGUUUUUCCUUUCCUUAACCUCUCUCCAUAUUUUUUCUUCCCAAAAACCCACACCCUGAUUGGUUGAUCUAAACAUUUUUUCAGUAUCACUUCCUUCUGAACUUCACUGACUCAGCAAAAUUCACAACCCCAUUUUUUAAUAGGAAAAAGGUCCAAUUUUUUAUUCUGCAACCUUCUUUCUAUACCCAAUUUUCUCACAAAAAAAAAAACAAAUUUUUCUUACAAAAAAAAAAACAUGAACGGAAUGCAAAACAGAAACACACAUGAAUUACAAGAAAGUAGCGAUAUUGGUUCAUGUUUAUCAAAUCUAAUAUUAUCAAGUGGAACAAACACACUAGACUCAAUUUUCUGUGAUAUUCCUUCAUCAACAAACACAAACUACUUACAACCCUUUGGUUCUUCAAAUUUUCAGCCAUUAGGUUCCUCUGUUUACAUUCGCCAAAGAGAUAUCCUUCAAAAAUUCUACGAAGAAACUCGAUUAAACAACUCUUUGGUUCCAUCUUCCUUUACAAUUCCAUCACUAAACAGUUCUUUAUACACAACGAAUUCGCUCAGUUCUUUGGUGAACCCUUGUAAGAAAAAACAGUACAGAGGAGUGAGACAGAGACAUUGGGGAAAAUGGGUCGCUGAGAUUAGACUUCCUCAGAAUAGAAUGAGAGUUUGGCUUGGAACUUACGAAACUGCAGAAGCUGCAGCUUAUGCUUAUGAUCGUGCUGCUUAUAAGCUUCGUGGUGAAUACGCGCGUUUGAAUUUUCCUAAUUUGAAGGAUCCAACUAAGUUGGGUUUUGGAGAUUCUAAUAGAUUGAAUGCUUUGAAGAGUUCUGUGGAUGCUAAAAUUCAAGCUAUUUGUCAAAAGGUGAAAAGGGAAAAAGCUAAAAAGAUUGCUGCAAAGAAGCUUAAAAAGAAUUUAUUAGAGAAGAUUAAAAUCUCAUCUUCUUGUUCUUGUUCUUCUUCGUCUUCGAUUUUUGAUCAAGAUUGGGCGAAUGAUUUGUUCUCGCCGAGUGUUUCCGAGGAUGGUGUUUGGAUAGGGAACAAUUCACCGAAUUCUGUUUCGACAAUGGUGGCAGAGGAAACAGAGUUCGAAGGUUGUUCUUUGGCAAAAAUGCCAUCUUUUGAUUUUGAUUUGAUUUGGGAAGGUUUGCCUGUUUAGAAAGAAGAAAAAAAGAUAAUGAAGUUUUUUACUUGCAUUAGUAGUUUGUUGUUGUUACUUUAUCAGUAACAACUCUAGCUAGUAGUGUAAUUGUAAAUGAAAAUUAGUGUUGAUUUUAUGUCUUUUUUAUUAGUGGGUGUGUUAUGUGUAUUCUGGUGUAGUUGAUAUGUGAGAGGGUUAUUUGGCAUUUUGAAAGUAGGAAUGUUAUGGCUGUCAAUUCAGCUUUGCUUUUUUUACUCAAGGCUUCAGGAUUUUUUUCCUAUGGCAGUUGAUGUGAUAAAUUAUAUAUGUCUUGUUGGUUAUAAAAUUUUGUCUAUUUAAUAGCAGCAUCUUUUGUCUA